GUCAUAUCAGUUUUGUUAUGAAUGUUGGUGAAGAGUGUAGUUGUGGAGAAGUGUAUUCAAAUUUAAAAUAAUGAGGAUAUCUCCCAAAUAUUAUCAGAGCAUUGCUAAAAUGCUCGACUUCUAUUCUCAAUUUAAUCCAUCGCCAUUGUCGAUAAAAAAAUUCAUCGAUUUUGGUUUAAAUGCAUCGGAAAAGAAGUCCUUCAUCUUCCUCCGGAAGGAGCUGCCGGUGAGGCUGGCGAACAUAAUGAAGGAGAUCGCCCUGUUACCGGAAAACCUACUGCGGAUGCCCUCCGUCGUGGCGGUCAACGACUGGUACAUGAGGAGCUUCCAGGAGAUCAUAGAAUUCGAGAAGAAGGAACCCAACGACGCCACCCUCGAACAUUUCUGUAACGAGCUGGUGAAGAUCAGGAACAGGCACACCAACGUGGUGGAGACCAUGGCCCAGGGUGUUUUGGAACUGAAGGAAUCUCACGAUGUGGACCACCACACGGAGCACAGCAUUCAGUAUUUCCUGGACCGGUUUUACAUGUCGAGGAUAUCGAUAAGGAUGUUAAUCAAUCAGCACAUACUUAUGUUUACAGCGCUGCUAUUCGGAGGACAGCUUGAAAAUGCUCCAGGACCAAAUAGGAGUAAAUACAUCGGCUGCAUAGACACGCAGUGUAAUAUAGUAAGUGUCAUUAAGGACGCUUACGAAAACGCCAGGUUCCUGUGCGACCAGUACUAUUUGGCGUCACCGGAUUUAAUUAUAGACGUUUCGCAACAUAAUCAAUUGGAGGAAGAGAAAAACAUCAACAUAGUCUACGUGCCGUCUCACUUAUACCACAUGCUGUUCGAAUUAUUCAAGAAUUCCAUGAGGGCCGUAAUGGAAUACCACUGUUCGUUAGACCAGUACCCGCCAAUAACCGUCACCGUAGCUAAGGGAAAGGAAGAUGUCUGCCUUAAGAUGUCCGACAGGGGUGGUGGGAUCCCACGAUCCACGACGGACCAGUUAUUUAAAUACAUGUACUCGACGGCACCCCAACCGAGCAAAUCGGACGCCCACACCGUCCCCCUAGCCGGCUACGGCUACGGCUUACCCAUCUCCAGACUGUACGCCAGGUACUUCCACGGGGACUUGGUCCUUCUCUCGUGCGAAGGCCACGGCACCGACGCCGUGAUUUACAUGAAGGCUCUGUCGAACGAAGCCAACGAGCUGCUCCCCAUAUUCAACAAGACGACCUGGAAGUUCUACAGGACGGCGGUGCCGACGGGCGACUGGUCCAACCAGGCCGCGAACAUCGGCGACCGACAGAUCAGCACCAAGGUGAAGAACCACCAGUUGCCGCAGUCGUGCGAGGAAUCGAUGACGAGGGCUAUUUAAUCGAACGGACGAGAUUUUCUAGGCAAUUUUGAAUGAGCGGUUUCUAUUUUAUUGAUAAGAUUCGUAUUUUACUUGUAUUUAAAAGCAUUAUUUAUACUAUUUUUUAAGGGAAUUAUGCGAUGCGCAACGUUGAGCAUUUAUAUUGUGUAAUAUUCAAGGCAUUUCAUUUACAUUUACGAUUCUAACAUCA